AUGAUCAAUUUUCUCUUGGACAGAGGCGCCGAUGUGAACCUGCAAGGUGGAACGUAUGGUACCGCGCUCCAGGCCGCAGCAUAUCACGGACGCAUCGGCAGUCUAGGCCGGCUUUUGACUGGUGGUGCAGAUGUCAAUGCUCAAGCAGGUACAUACUGCACGGCCCUUCAAGCGGCUUCUUACGCUGGACAUAAGGACAUUGUACAAGCCCUAUUCGUAGCAGGGGCGGAUGCUAAUUUGGAGGGAGGACGCUAUGGGAACGCUGUGCAAGCCUCUGUGUCUGUCGAGUACGAAAAUAUUCCAAGCAUUCUCAGGUUACCUGAUCGACCACAUCACAAAGAUAUACUCAAAAUGCUCAUUGAUAAGGGUGCAGAUGUAAAUCGCAGGGGCGGGAUGCAUGGCAGUGCCCUGGCCGCUGCUCGUAAAUUGGGCCAAGAGACACCUAUCAAGAUUCUUCAGCAGAAUGGUGCGACUGAUGAAUAG